AGACCUAUAUACAAUAACUUAUCUUUAUUAAUUGUCACACCAAAAUAAAGUGAGUUAAUACUGGUCUCAUUGAGUUGGACUGCAUAGGAUCGACUUAUCUUGCCAUUAAACAAAGAAAUCGAGAGAAUGAAGAAUUUGGCGGAUUAUCUUUGGUAUUUACACUGAGCGACAAGCUGUCGUGUUGUGUCUGCAAUGGAGGUGUGUGCAAGAAUUGGCCUUGUUGGCUCUCCAGCCUCCUAUGAUCAGCUAGUCCGUCAAGUAGAAGACCUAAAGAAAGAGAAUUCUAGUCUAAGGAGGGAGCUGCAGGAUAACAGCAGCCAACUGAGCCGCCUCGAGCAUGACACAUCUGAUAUGAAGGAGGUCUUAAAACAUCUCCAGGACAAACUUGUACAAGAUGUAUCAACAACGACACUGCAGCCAGAUGUUUUGGAUCAGAGAAAAGCUCUGCAAGGUGAUAAUUCUGGUAUAUAUAAUCAGUAUGCAUCAUCAGGGAUUGGUCCUCCGGAUCCCUCUGUUGUCUUGGGUCGGGUAUCUGGAGCUUCAUCCGUAUACACUGACAGUUCUCAAAAGAAAGGAAGGGUAGAAAGUCGGUCCAGUGGGACACUGAAGUCAGAACUGGACAAGGAGAGAGCUCUGUUGAUAGCAGAGAUUGAUAAGGAAGAAAAGGAGAAGCUAUGGUAUUACUCCCAGCUUCAAAGUCUGUCCAAGCGUUUGGAGGAGCUGCCUCAGGUUGAGACGUUCUCCAUGCAGAUCGAUCUUAUUCGGCAACAGUUGGAGUUUGAGUCAGAGCAUUUGCAAUGUGUGCUGGAAGAAAGAUUUGGUACAGCAGAUGAAAUGGUACAAAGAGCUCAGAUUCGAGCUUCCCGCAUGGAGCAAAUCGAACAGCAGCUGGAAGAAAUACGAAGAAUUGAAAACCAAGAACAACCUACAGAGACCAAUGUAAGUCAUGAACCUACAGAGAAAAGCUUCACAGAGAGCAUCUCCCAAGCUGAGGACAAUUCUGGUCAACCAGAAAACAAGGUUGAGGUUGUGUUCUGGCUUUUGUCCAUGUUAGCUACACGAGAUAAAGAUGACAUGUCACGUACUCUGUUGGCCAUGUCCAGCUCACAGGACAGUUGUCAGGCAAUGCGUAGAUCUGGCUGUCUUCCACUGCUACUCCAGAUCUUGCAUGAAACUGAGAGAGAUGGAAAGACACUGGAAUCACAGAAUUACAAAGAUGCUCGGAUGAGAGCAAAUGCUGCACUCCACAAUGUCAUCUUCUCCCAACCAGAUGAUGGACAAGCCAAAAAGGAGAUGAGAGUCCUCCACAUUCUGGAACAGAUACGUUCCUACACUGAGACCUGCUGGGAUUGGAUGCUGAGCCAUGAGCAAAAGGACGGUGUGCACGAAAGUAGCCCAGCCCCAGUGCCCGUGGAACCACAGAUUUGCCAAGCCAGCUGUGCCAUCAUGAAAUUUUCAUUUGAUGAGGAAUAUCGAAGAGCAAUGAAUGAGCUAGGUGGUCUGCAAGCAAUUGCAGAGCUUCUAGAGGUAGACUACCAGAUGCACCAUAUGACCAAUGAUCCCCUAAACUUGGCAUUGCGGCGCUAUGCGGGAAUGGCACUUACUAAUCUCACUUUUGGGGAUGUUGUUAACAAGGCCACCCUGUGCUCCCGACGUGGCUGCAUGCAGGCAAUUGUGGCUCAUUUGGCUUCUGAGAGUGAAGAACUUCAGCAGGUGGCAUCAAGUAUUUUGAGGAAUUUGUCAUGGCGAGCAGAUAUCAACAGUAAGAAGAUUCUGCGUGAAAUAGGCAGUGUUGUUAGUUUAAUGCAGUGUGCAUUACAUGCCAAUAAGGAGUCUACACUGAAAAGUGUGUUGAGCGCUUUGUGGAAUUUGUCAGCCCAUAGCACGGAGAAUAAAGCAUCUGUCUGCUCUGUUGAGGGGUCACUUGGUUUUUUAGUGAGCACCCUCACAUACAAGUGUCAGAGCAACUCAUUGUCAAUCAUAGAAAGUGGAGGAGGCAUCCUUAGGAAUGUAUCAAGUCUUAUUGCCACACGUGAUGACUACAGGCAGAUCCUGAGAGAUCAUAAUUGUCUUCAGACUCUUCUUCAACAUCUGAAAUCCCAUAGCUUGACCAUUGUUAGCAAUGCUUGUGGAACAUUAUGGAAUCUGUCUGCUAGGUCUCCACAAGACCAGGAACUACUGUGGGAUUUGGGAGGUGUCAGUAUGCUGCGCAACCUUAUCCAUUCUAAGCACAAGAUGAUUGCUAUGGGAAGUGCAGCUGCCCUAAGAAACUUGUUGGCACACAGACCACUGAAAUACAAGGAUGCAUCUGUUAUCUCUCCAGGGUCCUGCAUGCCGUCCCUCUACAUGAGAAAACAGAAAGCUCUUGAAGCUGAACUUGAUGCAAAGCACUUGGCUGAGACUUUUGACUCUAUGGAUAAACAAGGACUUAAAUCUCAACCAGUCAAGGGACCUAUACGGCACAUAGAAAGUCUGGUGAAAGAUUAUGCAUCUGAUUCUGGCUGCUUUGAUGAUGAUGAGAUUCCAAACACAUCCAUCAGUGCAGAUACAGGGAAUUCUUCCGUAAUUUCCAUGUACUUUAACUCCUCCAUGACCCAGGGACAGACUGUGCCAAGAACUGCCUCAUUAAGAAGGGGUUUAGAGUCUGAAAAAUCAAAUGUCAAUAAACAUGAAGUAAAAAAAACGCAAGAUGAGAUCCUUGCUGAAAAGUUGGCAACUUGCACAGCAGCAAAAAUAGAAAGACUAGUGGAAGACAUCUCCACAAUGCAUACAUCGUCUGAUGAUAGCUUCAGCCUUAGUUCUGAGGACCACUGCAUCGACUGGCCCUAUGGUUCAGAUGAGCUACAUGAGGGCAGAGCUCAGUCCUGUUCUCCUUGCAGACUUUCUGACAACAGUGGAAUGAUGAGAAGGGAUAACUUAAGUCGUGCUCAAGCACUUUUGCGCUUAAAAACAGCUUACACUAGCCUCUCCAAUGACAGUCUAAAUAGUGGUAGCACAAGUGAUGGAUACUGCCCAAAAGAACAUAUGAGACCAUGUAGCAGAGCUGCUUUACUGGAUUACAAGGAAGAGCUACAAAGGUAUCAGAAAAGGCCAAGUCGUCUGGAUCUCAAAAAUGUGCUGGUUAUUAAACCUGAGAGAAAUGACUCCAAUGAAAGGCAGGUGAAGGAAGGGCAGGCUGGAGAAGAUCCAAAUGAAUUCCAGGAUCAAAGAAAAAGAACACCAUCUUUUUCCGGACUUAAAAGUACAGAUAGCAUUGAUAAAAAUGAUGAUGAGGUCGUAUGCAAUUCCAGUAACAAACUUUCAAGAGAUAAAUUGGUGCAUACCAUAAAGCUAUCUCCAUCUUACAAGCACAUUUCAGGUGUUGACAACUUAGCAAAAAAUGGGUCAGGAUUACCUGUUAACAUUUUUCAGCAGGCUCUCACUGUGAAGAAGAAAGCAUGGAUGCUUCCAUCACAGAAUUCUGAUAGCCUUUCCAAGGCUUUGGAUAAGACCUCCAUUCAUUCUUCCUCAACUGGAGAGCAGGAAUCACUGCAAAAGUAUGCAGUAGAAGGCACUCCAAUAUGUUUCUCCCGAUGUAGUUCACUAUCCUCUCUUUCUUCUGGAGACAACCUUCUGGAUGGACCAACUCGCAGUGAAAAUGAUAUAGAUAGUGACUCUUCUUUGGAAAUUCUUGAAGAAGAUGGCUGCACUAAUGGUGAUAAGGGGCAACCAGACAGAUCUAAAGUAGUUGAGAGGGAUGGAAAUAUUAUCAAUGUCUCUCAACCCAUUGCUAUUCCUCUGUUGAAAUCAGAGAAGCAUUUCCCCCAUGAUGACUCACCAACUAGAAACGAAGAUAUGACUCCAUCUAGCUCCUCAGAAAACUACAUUCAAGAGACACCAUUAGUAAUGAGCCGUUGCAGUUCUGUCAGUUCUUUAGGUAGUUUUGAGAGCCCCUCUAUUGCUAGUUCAAUUCAAAGUGACCCAUGUAGUGAGAUGAUUAGUGGUACAAUUAGUCCCAGUGAAUUGCCAGACAGCCCUGGGCAGACCAUGCCACCAAGCAGAAGCAAGACACCAAGCUUUGACCCCAGUAAUCACUUAGAAAAGGAGGCCAGUCAGUUUAACAUCCAAUGGGAAAACAAUGUAAAAAAAUUCAUGGAGAUAACAGAUUUCAAAGAGAGGUUUCAGAUUCCAAGAGAUAUUGACUCAAUGAUUUACUUUACUGUGGAAAAGCCAACUGAAAACUUUUCAUGUGCAUCCAGUCUAAGUGCAUUGCCACUGCAUGAACAUUAUAUUCAAAAAGAUGUUGAGCUCAAACUUAUUCCACCAUUUCCUGAGAAAAACAGUUUGAACUUUGUAGCACAUGAGAAACAGGGAGACAGUCGGGAAGAACGACUUCUUGGAUUUAUGAAAAAAUCUGAGAUGGAACUUGUUUCAGACGAUGAUAUAGACAUUUUAAAAGAAUGCAUCAACUCCGCAAUGCCCCCUAGGUUGCGCAAAAUGAAAACAUCUGUUCUUUCUGGACACAUUGUGAACUCUCAUACCAAAAAACCAGUCCAGUUACCAGUGUACAUGUUAGUUCCAGCUCAUACACAACAACCAGUGAACAAAACCUCCAAUUCUAAAAAAGACUUACUCAAUGAUGAUUCUUCUUUCACAGACUCUGCUGAGGGAACCCCAGUAAACUUCUCUAGUGCUGCAUCUCUAAGUGAUGAAACACUUCAGUACUCUUUUAAAGAAGGACAAGACCAGAGAGACAGGCCAAAAAGCCGAAUGGAAAUUAGGGAUUAUGGAGCUAAGUUAGAAAGACAUCAUCAUAAACAUGGAAGAAGAAUGUUUUCCCAUGAAAAUGUAGCAUUUACAGAAGAAAAUAAAAAUGUAUUUUGUGGCGGUUCAUCAAAAAUUACCAACAAAACCAACAGACCUUCAAAUGCAAGUUUUAUGCUGAAAGCACAUGAAAAAACAGAUGUAGGAAAGAGCCGUGAUGCACUUCACAAGCUUUCUUCUAACUAUACUGAGAAUAUUGAAAGAGCUACUAGUUCUUCUUCUCAUCCAACAAGACAUGAUAUAAAACAAGGAGAAAAUACUCAUGGAAAUUUUGCUUUCCAGUCAUUUUGUCACACUACACCUACAGAAGAAGAAGUUUACUGCUUCUAUGAAGAUGACAUUGAUAUUACAAAUUCAAGCAAAAAUUCUCCAAGAAGAAAAACAGAAGCAUCAACAUUUCCACGAAAGAAAUGUCAGUACCCAGAAACUCGAGAGUUUAAAGAAACUGUAUAUUCAGAUAAAAUUGGUCAAGCUAAUGACAAGUUUAGCAAUUUGAUUAAGGAUGAACCGAUACCUUGCUAUUCUCUUAGCUCUUCCAUGAGCUCUCUUAGUGACCUUGAGCCUGGGUAUGUCCAAGAAAUCAUUGAUAAACCUGUUAAGCAGUCUUCAAGGUUACAAGUAAGGAAAUCUACUAACCGUAUUGGAAAUCAUGAAUCCACACCAAGCCAUACAUCAGAUGAAGAAAAAUGCACAAGUUCAGUGAUGCCUAGAAGGAGACGGCUGUCGGCUCGCAAAAGGAAGCACAACCUUAGGAAUAAUGAGAACAAAGAGGAAAGUCAGAAUAUUACUAAACAGAAAGCAAACAAUGAAGAUUUGUCUGAUCUAGACAGUGUGGAUUGGGAAGCAAUCAAAGAAGGUGCUAACUCCAUAGUUAGCUGGAUACACCAAGCAGCUGCUUCUAUCUCCAGGGAAUCCUCAACUAUGUCUGGUGGUCCUUCUUCAGACUCUGUUAUGUCAAGCCCUUCUGUAUCAGCACGGUUGCCUUUAUAUGGUCAGCAUAAACAAAACAGAGAUAGAUCUUUAUAUUCUAAAAUAUCUGGAUCAAGUCAAAAAUCUAGCAGUAGUGAGGCAUCAAAGAGUAAUAGAGGAAGAAAAGUAGAUAAUCCUAGCCAGAAAUCAAAUUCUAAUAUCCCCAUGGUCUACCGUGGAAGGACAGUGAUCUACAUGCCUGCACAAGAGAAAAUAUCACCAACCAAACAAUCAUACCGGAAUAAUUCACCUCAGGAAGUCACUAAAGUCACUAAUAGUAUGCGUUCCAGAAGUCUCCACCGCUUAGGGAAAUCUGGAGAUAUGGGAGUUGAAAUUACAUUACCCAAAAGAAGUGCAACGCCCCCAGCUCGCAUCAAUACUGAUCCUUCUUGUAGCUCCUCAAGAAAUUCCACCCCAUCAAAGGGGGUAAGAAACUCUCAGAUUCCUGGCAAUAAAACGCAAAAGUCUCCUGUGCGAAUUCCUUAUAUGAAAAAGCCAAGCCCCCGUGGUCCACCUGGUCCUUCCCCAUUGGCUAUAGAAUCUGUCACUGUAAGUCCUCGACAGAGUCCUAGCAAAAGGCCCCCUGCUCAGGGCAGCCGUUUUAACCAAGUGCGAAACAGUGAGUCAGAGAAAUCUGGAAUGCUGCGUCAACUUACCUUCAUCAAGGAAUCUGCAGGGAGUAUGAGACGUCAGCAUUCUGACCUAUCUGCAUCACAACGACAGCACAGAGCACCUCCCCGAACCAGUGCAGCAUUACCUGCUGUUUUUCUCUGCUCUUCAAGGUGUGAGGAACUAAAAGUGCAUAAGUCUUUAAAACCUAAAGUUGCCACUCCCUCAUCACCAAACCGACCUGCACGAAGAACAAGUUCUGAAAGCCCAUCACGUUUACCCGUCAAAAAUAUGCCACCCCCAACUGAACCUUUCAAAAGGUACUCUUCCUCUCCUCACAUCAACCUUCCAUGGUCACGUGUAGAAGGUAAAGCAUGUCAGGGCACAUCAAAAACUGAAAGUACAAGAGCCCCAAGGAUUGACACUCCUUCUGGUUCAAACAGGGCCACUUGGAGACGGAUAAGAGAUGAAGAUAUUCCUCAUAUUUUGAGAAGCACCUUGCCAGCAUGUGCUCUACCACUUUCAGAGGAAUCUAUUGAGCCACGCAGAAAAACAAGUGAUGCUGUAGUCCAGACAGAAGAUUUUACUAUAAAUAAGAGGAAUUCCAGCACCUCACCCACAAUAGAAAGCAGAAACAGAGCUGGUGCUUCAACAGCGAUGCCUGAACCAGGAAAAGUAGCCUUAGGAGUAGUAAACUUACCUACAAGCAGGCACAGUUCUCCCAGUAGGGCAGCCAGAGUUUCUCCAUUUAAUUAUGUGCCAAGCCCUAUUGUAACAGUCACAGAGGAAGCAGCAGGUAAGGUGACCAGUGAGUGAUUGGUGGUAAGGAGCAAGUCUGGUCCUGGUACUGGUAUUAACUGCACAGAUCAGUUGACUUUCAAUAGAUGUUCAGGAUUUGGACAUCUGGGUUCUUUGAUAACUCAAUGCAGCCAAAACCCUCAAAAUCAGUGCACCAUGAAAAUGAACCACAUGUGUACCACUGUUUCCUGUAGGUGGUUGCAUCAUAUACUUUUAAAGCACUGAUUUUUGGCACUUUAUGGAUACUGAAAAACCUGAAUAUGUUCUUAAGGGCAAUAAAACAACACCCGUCCCCCUACUGAAAGGUUUAUUAUUAAGGCUUUGUUGUUCCAGGAAGAAAAAUAUUCUCCCACAUUUGUUAUACAUUAUUAUACAUAUUUAUUACACACCAAAUCACAGAAGCCAAAAUUUUGCAGCCAUGAUACAAUAUCUGUUGGUCUUGUUUGUUCCUAUUCCUGCUAACUACAAUCACACAGAAUAGAAAAUCGAACAAUGGAUUGUUGCACAAAGCCUUAAUCUAAGUACAGGCUGCAUGUUCCUACAAAAACCUUUAUGUAUUAUAAAAGCUUGAAAAAUACGGACACAGAAAAUGUGUGGCUGAAACAAAAUGUUUGCUUUAACCCUGCGGAACAGCAGAAGUAAAUGCUUCAGUACAUCUUUUUUAUAUUGCCAAAUUAAAAUUAUUUUCAGUCAACAUCACUGAGGGAGAGCAGCUAAGAAGCUGAAGUAGUGCUAAACUUUGUACAUCUGAGACAUUUUUUGCUCUUUUUGUGUCAUAGCUAUUUCAUGUGCCAAUAUUUUAGAAGUUAUGUUAGCACUUGUAGAGUAAUUUAUGUUCUAUCUUUGAGAAGUCAAGGUCACGGUCAAGGUCACGUCCUACUUCACGAAAACAUACAUCAUGUUUAUCAUGCUGGGAAAGAAGAUAGAGUGAAUAAGCCAGCUCCUUUCAAUCUGCAAAUCUUAUCAAGACUCUUAAAUCUUGGUAUUGGCAUUAAAGAGCAUUUGAUGCAGAAGGAAGGUGGUGAGAGCUUCACUUGUAUUGUUAGCACAAAAUGGGAGCUUUGCAUCUCAGUAUCUACAUUUUAAGCUUUAUUUUAUGAGUAGAUGAAAUGCCAUUUUAGUUUAUUCUAUGUAUCAAAUGUAAAAAUAAAUAUUGCAAUUUAUGAAAAA